AUGCAGGAUGAUUCAUACAUAGAUAGUUACAUAAGCACCAUUGGGGUUGAUUUUAAAAUACGCACCGUGGAGCAGGAUGGGAAGACCAUUCCACUUCAAAUUUGGGACACUGCUGGACAAGAACGAUUUAGGACAAUCACUAGCAGCUACUACAGUGGGGCUCAUGGCAUAAUCAUUGUUUAUGAUGUGACAGACCAAGAAAGCUUCAACAACGUCAAGCAGUGGUUGAAUGAAAUUGAUCGCUAUGCUAACGACAGUGUUAACAAACUACUUGUUGGAAACAAAUGUGAUCUUACAGAAAACAAAGUCGCGUCUUACCAGACCGCCAAGGAGUUUGCGGAUGAAGUUGGCAUAGCUUUUAUGGAAACCAGUGCAAAAGAUUCCACGAAUGUGGAACAGGCCUUCACUCGAAUUUAUGUUCAUAUUUAA